AUGUACUUUUUGCUUAUGAAUGUCAAUACUAGAUAUAACAAUGCACUCAUAGAACCCAAGAGCAGAAAACUAGCAGCAUUUAUUAUAAAUCUAGGAAUGUACAAACCCUUAGUUAUAUUUUUUAGACUAACCAACUUCCUGGCAACAUUCCAAAUAAUGAUAAAUGCCUUGUUUAAGGAUCUUAUUUAUAUUAAAAAAAUGACCAUUUAUAUGGACAAUAUUCUAGUGUUCUCUAAGACCAUGGAGAAUUAUUUCAAAUAA